AUGCCCACCCACCACCACCACCACCCCAGCACCCUCCCCGCAACCCUCACCUCCCUCUCCACCCGCACCGCCCGCCUCCUCCGCGACCUGGACGACCUCACAACCUACAACACCGAGACCGUAGCCCGCUACGAGCGCCACGCAGCACGCGACGACCUCCUCGCCGAGAAAAAGCUCCACAUCCGCGUCGCCCUCGCAAACUACUCCAGGGAGUCCAUCCUCGCCCGCGAAGCAGCGCUCGCAAAAGAGAUGGCGGAGGUGCAGCGCGCGGUUGCGGAUCCGGGGGCGCUGGAGAAGCGGCUGAAGGAGGUGGUGGCGCAGGUCGGCGAGAUGGGGGCGGCGGUGGGGGGGUAUUUUAGUGUCGAGGUGUUUUCGGGGGAGGUGAUGCGGGCGUUGGAGGUUUAG